UGUCCGCUCCGCGCUCCGUCGCCAUGGCAGCAGCGCGGCGAGCCGGGGCCAGGGCUGGAGAUGGCGGCGGCGGCGGGGGGCAGCGGGAGCGGCGCGGACGGGGCGAGCUCGGGCGAGGAAGACGCUGGCGGCCUGGCAGGAGAGAGCCGGUACCUGGCUGCGUGCCGGGCCUGCGGCGUGACCCCGGCGCGUGGCCUCCUGCGGCGCAGACCGGGCCCCACGCUCAGCCUGCGGCACCGUGGCCUGGGCCCGCGGGGUGCCAAGGCUUUAGCUCUUUCCUUGAUGGUCGAUACCUCUGUCCUCGCGUUAGACCUCAGUGACAACUGGCUGCAGGGAGAAGGGGCGGCUGCAGUUGCGGAGAUGCUGAAAGAAAACUGCUGCAUUUCAGCUGUUGAUGUGUCUGAUAACAAACUGGGUGUUGAAGGAGCUAAGGCCUUUUCCGCUAUGCUUCUCGAAAAUACUACGCUUGUGUCCCUCCAGCUCUCAGGAAAUGAACUUGAUGAUCACGCAGCAAAGUAUUUAGCGGAUGCCAUCGCAGCAAACAGCAAAGUGGAAACUCUGGAUCUGAGUUACAAUCUGUUUGGUGACAAAGCAGGUGAAAUUCUUGGAAUGGCGAUAGCAGAAAACAUUGGAUUAAAAGAAUUUAAAAUCAGCUGGAACCAUUUCCAUAGCCAAGGGGCAGCUGCCUUGGCCAAAGGCUUGGGGGCAAACGUGUUCCUCAAAGUGCUGGAUGUUUCCUACAACGGCUUUGGCAACAGUGGGGCGGCUGCCUUGGGGGAGGCUCUUCGAGUCAACAACGUGCUGGAAGAGCUCAACGUGAGAAACAACCGUAUUUCGGUGGAAGGAGCUCUGCACAUUGCAGCUGGCCUGAAAGAAAACAAGACUCUGAAAAAACUGAACAUGACCAGAAAUCCCAUGCAGAGUGAAGGCUGCUGUGGGGUCCUCAAAGCUCUACGGGCAAAUCCUGGCACUGGCGUAGAGAUCCUGGACUUGCCGGACAUCCCUGUGGACAAAGAGCUUGCGGAGCUGUGCGAUGCUGUGAAAAGACUUUUCCCAAAUCUUCUUCUCAGACAUGGUGGAAACACGGAGUUGCGGAGGAAAAGCCAGUUGAAGGCUGAGCUUCGGACUCUGCCCAAAGUGGCGGGUAAUUCCCAGGCUGCAGUAGCUUAACGCGAGUCUCUCUGGGGCUGCUUCUUCGGCACGUCUGCCUGACACCCCAGUCCCACUCACCAAGCCCAUGACACAAGGACUUGCCAGGGCCGCGCUAAGGCAGGAUUUGUGCAAAUAUUGGCCAUUUCCUUAUUGCUGGUACUUGCAAGUUUUUUCUGUCUUUUCGCGUUAGGAUUUCUGCUACGACCAGCUCUGAGUCUCUUCCAGCACGUGCAAGAGCAUCCUCAUGGAUGAGAGUCGAGGGGCUCCUUUUUAAUCACCGUCUUUGUGUGUAGGGACAUUUGUCUGUCAGAACAUCACAUGCCGUAGCUGCUGGUGGUGGUUGAGUUCAUAGCCCACCGCAGCGGGGCUCUGUGCGGCCUGACAAUGCGCUUAUUCUGUCGGAAGGAAAGCCCUACCCAGAGAUGUGCUGUGAACAGACGCUUUCCGCGCCGGCCGUGUUACGCAGCCGGGAUUGCCUUUGCGGAGUUACCUGUCAGAUGCGCCGGUGACUCAUUUUUAGCUCCUUCCUACUGCAGUUUCUUAUCUUUAGGUGGAGCCCGUGCUCUCCAGAGUAGGCCCCCUGUCCUGGGUGAUGACAGGCGUUAUUUUCUUGAUGUGCGCUCUUGCUUUUGUCAGCGUGACGUAGGAUGGAUGCUGCAAGUUGUCUGGAAAUAGGACAGGCACUCAGUGGUAGCUCAGCAGUGACAACAGCACAUGGGCUGUAACUCUUUUACACUCCCUGAGAUGUUUUCUUGUGAUCUCGGUAUAAUCCACUGGAUCCUUGCUACGGUCUCUGGGACGCCUGGGCACCGUGAUUCGCAGAGGGGGGGAAUUGUGAGCUCCUUGAGGAGCAGUGUGCAGGAGCCACGUCUGCGCUCGCAGCUCCCUGGCUUAACUCUCCCUCUCCUGGUCUCCGUGAAGAAGUGGUUUGUGGCAGCAGUUUCUUGCAGUUUGGGAGAGGGGCCAAGGAUGGUCACACAAACAGCUCUGGCUGUCUGUCUCGGGCCGGGGGCAGUCAGGGGGGCAGCAAACCCCAGCGGCGUCGCAGCGCUGCCUUAACCUAGCUGUGGCCCUGCACAAACAAUUGCCUUCCGUUGCCUCAAAGGUUGGCCGACCUCAUUGACCAAGCGCUUGCAACCAUCUUGGCUUUAUCCGCAGCUCCGGCGAGGCAAGCCCCAGGCACGUCACUGCGCGCUGGGUUCGAUUUCCUCUUUCGCUGACACACCGACCGACGGGGGGGUCAGGGGACAGCCAGCCAGGCAGCGCUCGCGCUGACACCUCCCUGAGGAGGCAGCUUGCGAAGGCAGGGGCCACGAUUUCAAGAACGGCUUCUGCCAGUCUCCUUCCAGAGUAGCUGGCCGCUGCCCUGCGUUUUGCCUUACGCUUUUUUCCCUGGAACGGAAACGUUACCGUCCCCCCGCUCGCUUUUGUGUUUCAUUUACCUGCUCAACGUGCCUACCAGGGAAACUGCACUUCGCCUCAGUUCUCAGCAGAAGACGAGGUUUGGCCUCUGUGUUUGCAAAGAACUCUACGCAGUUACGGCUUGCCUAACGGAGUCUCUCCUAUAAACGCGCAAAUUAUUUUACAGUUACAUGUCUAAUAAAUACUGUCAGUGCCUUGGACUCACACCUGUCUGUUCACACCAUUCAACCCGUUCAACCCUCUGGGUUGUUUCGAGAAAUUUCAGAGCCGUCCCGACACCCCCUCGGUCUCUAGAUGAAAAAUUUGGGUAUCGACCACAGAAGCUGUUACAGGGAUUGAUCUAAAUCGGCCUAAGUACUUAUAUUUUAAAAUAUUUAGUCACCAUUCGUUGUUUCGGUUAUGUCCUUUGCCCCUAGCCCUUCUUGUGCUCUCCAGAGACGCAAAUGAAAAUCGUAUUAAAAAAUAAGGUGGGUAAAAAAUA